CGGGCUUCCAUAGUAGCAGCAUAAAAUAGAUAAGAGUAAAAUCUUAGUUGAGAAUCCAGCAAUGUUUCAUUAAGAACCCAAAUAUGGCCAAACAAACAUCAACCACCAAACAACUUUCAGCACCCUGGACAGCAGCAGUCGCCGCUUCACUUACUAUUUAUACAAGCAAAACACGACGAUUUAUUUUUCUGUUACAUAUUCUUUUGUAUAAGAUGGUCUAGUCGCACCACCAGGUGGCAUAAAAUGAUCAAAUAUUACCCAUCACAUUGCAAUCCAAUUUCAGUCACUCUAUUAAUGUAAUGAGUAUCUUAUUUGUUAGAAAUGUUAAAAACGCUAAGGAAAGUUGCAAACAUACAAAAUACACCGCACAGGAAUAAAUGCACAAAUCUGCAUUUCACAGUACAAUUAGUCAAGGUAUCCUACGCGCAUGCGUGGAGUGGAUCGUGUACCCCCCGCGCGCAGCUCAGGGCGCAUCAUUGACAGGUUACUCGCGUGCACUUCUCAUACUGUGCACUGAACACCUGUAAGAUGUGCAUGGAAACAACAGCUGGGUGGAAAUCAUGAGGUGCCAUUAAGCCCAUGCAAAUCCUCUGAAACUUCAUCAUAAUGACUAAUUGGACAAACGGGUCCAGUUGCCCGUUCAGCAUCACUUUAUGUGCUGAGGACAUUAUGGACAGUAAUGCCACUGCUGAGGAUAUUGAGUACCCGGUCCAUCUCUUCCCAGUCCCUAUACUGACUGGCAUCACAGUGACGUGCUCUUUCCUAUUCCUCGUCGGAAUUGCUGGGAACCUGUUGACCAUUUUGGUGGUCACUAAAUACAAAGACAUGCGAACCACCACUAAUCUUUACCUUUGCAGCAUGGCACUUUCAGACCUGCUCAUUUUCCUCUGCAUGCCCCUCGACCUGUACCGGGUCUGGCGGUAUCGACCGUGGAACUUUGGCGACGAGCUGUGCAAACUCUUUCAGUUUGUGAGUGAAAGCUGCACGUACUCCACCAUCCUCAACAUCACUGCCCUGAGCGUGGAAAGAUACUUCGCUAUCUGUUUUCCCUUCAGGGCAAAAGUCAUCGUCACGCGGGGUCGGGUAAAAGGGGUGAUUUUACUCCUCUGGACUGUGGCUCUGUGCAGCGCGGGACCCAUAUUCAUUCUGGUUGGGGUCGAGCACGAGAACGGCACCAACCCCUGGGAAACAAAUGAGUGUAAAGCGACCGAAUAUGCCAUCCGGUCCGGACUGCUUACUAUGAUGGUUUGGGUCUCCAGUGUGUUUUUCUUCCUCCCGGUCCUCUGUUUGACAGUGUUAUACAGCCUCAUAGGCAGAAGGCUCUGGAGAAGAAAGGAGAAUCCAGUCGGACCCAUUUCUAGUCGGGAUAAGAACAAUAAACAAACGGUCAAAAUGCUAGCUGUGGUGGUUCUAGCGUUUGUUCUCUGCUGGCUGCCAUUUCACGUUGGUCGUUAUCUCUUCUCAAAGUCGUCCGAGGCCAACUCUCCUUUCAUCUCCCAAAUCAGUGAAUACUGCAACCUGGUCUCAUUUGUGCUGUUUUACCUCAGCGCUGCGAUCAACCCAAUCCUCUACAACAUCAUGUCGAAGAAGUACAGGAGCGCGGCGUGCAAACUGUUCGGAGUGAGGCGCGCUCCCGGACGAUCAGUGCAGAGCAUCGUGAACGCGGAGAGUUUUUCGGUGUGGAAUGAAUACAGCUGGAGCACGUGACAUAGGAAAAGACGUUUUGAAACGUGCACUUUUCAACACAGACUAAAAAGACGGAAAAAACUGAACGAGAAUGAAAAGGACAGUCAACAUUAACCUCAUAAUUUUGGUGAUAUUGAGAUUAUGCAUUUAAUUUCAACUAUCCACUGAGUCAUCUGAUAUCAUACAAGCCAUUGCAUAUUUUCAAUUUAGCCUGUAUAUAGCAGUAAAAAAUCAUCAAACUGCUUAGCCCUGAUCACAUCGAAUAUAUUAAAGUAUUUUAAUGCUGACUGAAACGUUUUUUUUUUUAAAAUUAUUAUUAUUUAAAAUAAUUAUUAAAAAUGUACUUUUUUUGAUGGUUGCAUUUUUACCUUUAGGUGCAACAUACCUAGUGCAUACACCAAAUAUUAAUGCAUUUUAUGAUAAUGUUAAUGCACAGGUAUUACCAUCAUCAGCAAACACCAGCAGUGUGACGAUUCCCUUUACCCUGGUAUCCAUGCAAACUGUACAUAUGUACACUACCCAAAAUGCCUUAAACUGUGUGAAGUACUGGAUGACAGAGCACUGUAGAUGUAAGCACUCUAACAUUGUACCCUAUGUGGGAGAGAUACAAUGGUGCUGAAUGAUAACAUCCCAUGCCAUUGAAAGCCCAUCACGAAGCUUGUGUUAUUGGAUCAUGUUUCAUAAAUGUAGCAGCCAUAAAAAGUGCACUUAUUGCAGGUUUGUGAACAAUGCUGUGUUUGUAAGCUUUGUGUUUGAAUUCAGCAUAUGUUACUUGUUGGCAAUGACAUUCUAAUUAAAAUUUUUCUGAAGAUGCUUGUAAAACACUGAGAAUCUUUGAGUGGAGACAUGUUUUUGUUAAUGAAAAUAUUUAUGAAAGACAUUUGAUAUAUUGUGUCUAUAUGCUUUUUAUUCACACUGUGAUACGUUUUCUGGAACGUGUUAUUGUGUAAUAUACAUAAAGGUUUUGAUGUCAUGCAGUAUUACUUUUAAAAUUAAAAUGGAUUUUGUGGUAUUAACUAUA